UUCUCUUCUCCACAACUUAAAAUGGAGUUAACAGACCUCCUUAUCAUCUUUUCAGCCCUUUUCUUUCUCUGUUUGUGGUGGCGACACUUGUCUAAAAUCCGUCGUGGCUCCAAGAACCAGCUGCCACCAGGUCCUCCCGGUUGGCCUCUCGUCGGAAACUUGAUCCAGGUCAUCCUCCAACGCCGCCAUUUCAUCUUUAUAAUACGUGAGUUACGUAAAAAAUAUGGUCCAAUUUUCACCAUGCAAAUGGGUCAACGUACUAUGGUUAUUGUCACAAGCUCUCAGCUUAUCCAUGAAGCUCUUGUCCAAAGGGGACCUGCAUUUGCCUCCCGCCCACCCGAUUCUCCGAUCAGACUAGUCUUCAGCGUCGGGAAAUGCGCCAUAAACUCGGCCGAAUACGGGUCUCUCUGGAGGACUCUCAGGAGAAACUUCGUCACAGAGUUGAUAACCCCAACCAGGGUCAAACAAUGCAGCUGGAUAAGAAAAUGGGCAAUGGAAUACCACAUGAAAAGGAUCAAGAAUGAGGCCUCAGAGAAUGGCUUCAUUGAGGUAAUGAGUAACUGCAGGCUCACCAUUUGCAGUAUAUUGAUUUGUUUGUGCUUUGGUGCAAAGAUCUCUGAAGAAAGGAUCAAGCAUAUUGAAAGCAUACUAAAGGACGUAAUGCUCAUAACAUCACCUCAACUCCCGGAUUUCUUGCCUAUUCUCACUCCGUUAUUUCACCGCCAAAUGAAGGAAGCAAAACAACUCAGGAAAAGACAACUGGAUUGCUUGGUUCCGCUUAUAAGGAACAGAAAAGAUUUUGUCCAAAAAGGGGAGAACCCUAAUUCGGAGAUGGUGAGUCCAGUUGGGGCAGCGUAUGUGGAUUCGUUGUUCGGUUUGGAACCGAAUGGUCGAGGCCAGUUAGGCGACGAAGAGAUCGUAACAUUAUGCUCAGAAGUGAUAAGCGCGGGCACUGAUACGAGUGCAACAACCGUUGAAUGGGCGUUGCUUCACUUGGUGUUAAACCAAGAGAUUCAAGAAAAGUUAUAUAAGGAAAUCGUUGAUUGUGUUGGGAAAGAUAGGCUGGUUGAAGAAGAAGAUGUAGAGAAAAUGGUUUAUCUUGAUGCCGUAGUUAAAGAAACACUUCGGCGACACCCGCCGGGGCACUUUUUGUUAUCACAUGCGGCGAUAAAGGACACUGAGCUGGGCGGGUAUGCUAUUCCAGCAGGAGCUUAUGUGGAGUUUUACACAGCCUGGGUGACUGAGGAUCCGGAUCUGUGGUCGGAUGCGAGAGAGUUCCGACCCGAGAGGUUCGUGGACGGGGAUGGGGUUGGUGUGGAUGUGACUGGGACACGUGGAGUGAAGAUGGUUCCGUUUGGGGCUGGGAGGAGGAUUUGUCCAGCGUGGAGCCUGGGAAUGUUACAUAUUAAUUUGUUGCUGGCUAGAAUGGUGCAUGCUUUCAAGUGGUUGCCGGUUCCCGGGGCUCCACCCGACCCGACAGAGACUUAUGCUUUCACUGUUGUCAUGAAGCAUCCUCUCAAAGCUAUUAUUUUGCCAAGAUCAUAUGUCGGAUAAUUUACAAAAAAGGAAAUGUUUGAUAUAAUUUUAAGUUAUAUUAAUUAGUGAAUUAAAGCAUAUAAAUGAUGGAUUGAUAUUAAUAGAUAUAUGUAGUGCUUGAAUUUUCAAGUGUAUUUCCAAUAUUGAGAGAAUAAAGCAUUGUAGUUGUUCUAUUUUAAA